AAAGCUCACGAAAUAACGGAGAAAUUCCUCCGUCCGUUUUGUCCUACAAAGAAAGAGGCGCCGACCACAGUUUGACAGCGCAGUUCAGACUGCGCAGGCCUGGCAUUAAAUUAAACUGCUGUAGGGCGGCAUCUGAACGAAUAGAUGAUAUUUAUGAAAGAACAAACACUUUAUUGAUUUGUGAAUAAAAAAACAGUUGCAAAUAUGAGGAAGGACGUGAGGAUAUUACUCGUCGGGGAACGUAAGUGGCUGAUUCAUUAAAUGUAGCUGGCGCUUUGAUGCCUACUGUAAUUAGCUAGCAUGCUAGCUAGCGUAACUCGGAAUACAUUAAAUAAAGACUCAAAAUACGCUGUAUAGAUGAAUUUACAACUAGGUUGUGUUUUGUACUUGAAUGACCGCACAACGAAGGAUAACAUUGCAUCGAACUGAUUCAAUGUGACAUUGUGAAAACGUUUAACAAAAUACCUAACUAACUAGCAAAUACCGCAGUCAAAUAUGAUUGGUUAGUUAAUAAAGACUUGGUUUGUUCAAUUAGUAAUAAGCACACAGUAGCUGUAGUUAUUUAAAGUGUGUUUGGUGUAACUUCUAGCCACAGCAUUUAACUAGCUAACUAGUAAUGUAGGUUAGGAUCAUAUCAAUAGAACACUCACUCAACCUUGAAUGCGCUUUGCACUAUCGAUCAGCUUGACAUUCCAUUCCAUGGAACCAGUAGAAAUCAGGUUCAGCUCAGUUCCGUAUAUGUUAGCCAUUUGGCCACUUUGCAGCUUUUGGCCUCCACAAUACACUUCUCGCCAGUCCCCAUAGCCACAUCUAGUGCACUUUGCAAAUUCGGGCCAUAUUUCAUUCAUCUUCUCCCAUAUCCACAAUGCAUCAAUCUUUAAGCUAUUCCAUUUGUUUUGAGAGCCAUUUAUAUUUGUUUUGAGAGCCACUAUUGUCAAUGAUCACAUUUUGUGGGAACGUGGGUAGUAUGUGAUAGAACUGAGACCUUUAAAGGAACUUGUGAAUUAGGGGGGAAAUUAUCAAGUGUUCUUCUCUCACACACUCACAUCUGUUUAUGGCUGGCUGACCUACAAAGACACAUUCUCUUUGGCGUUGCUGACAGGUCUCUUGAGAGGGCUGCCAAAACCCGUACGUGUGUAUGCUAACAUUGGUGAUAUCACACAGCAACCAAUGAUGCAUUUUACACAGGCAGCCCAAUACUGAUAUUUUUCCCAAUUACUGGCAAAAGAGCAGAUCUGAUUGGGCAAAAGACCAAGUAGUAGUGUAAAAGGAUCAUAAUUGGGCUGCCAGACUGUGUAAACGCAGCUCAAGUGUCCAUGGAUACAAGUCCUUUCCAUGCACCUGCAGAGGCUGCCGCUGUUCUUGAAUUUGAUGAACUGUCCUACUGUCCUUGAAGCAGGAUCCCAUUCACUGAUCUGACACAUGAUAUAGGUGAAAGCUACUGCAGGCAAAUUGAACCAAGCUUGAUUAGGCCCAUCCCUCCAUUGGUGUUAGAUCAAUGGUUAUGGUAUGAUAAAAGGAUGCAUGUUAAAAUGUAUCUGAACUGCACCUCUCUGUGCUGUAUCUGCAGUCCUCUGUCCCCUGGCUGUGCGCUGUGGUGCUGGAUUCAAUCAAGUCAUGGAAUUCAAUAAGACACUCCAACACUUAACUAGUCCCUGUUCAUGCUUGCCAGCUGCUCUUAUCUUCACACUUCAGUAACUCAACACAUCAGUCUAACAGUCUGUAAUGUAUGCAGAUCCAUAGACGACACAGUCUCAAUUGCACUCUACACUGCCCUCACCAACCUAAAUAAGAGGAAUACAUACCUAUGUGAGAAUGCUGUUCAUUGACUACAGCUCAGCGUUCAGCACAAUUGUCCCCUCCAAACUCGUCACCAAGCUUAGGACCCUGGGACUGAACACUUCCCUCUGCAACUGGAUCCUGGACUUCCUGACGGGCUGCCCCCAGGUGGUAAGGGUAGGCAACAUCACCUCUGCCACGCUGACCCUCAACACGGGGGCCCCACAGGCUUGUGUACUUAGUCCCCUCCUGUACUCCCUGUUCACCCACGACUGCGUGGCCACGCACAACUCCAACGACAUCAAGUUUGCUGACAGUGGUAGGCCUGAUCACCGGCGACGAUGAGACAGGGAGGAGGUCAGUGACCUGGCGGGGGGGGGGGGGGGGGCAUCCACUGCAGCCCCCAUCCACAUCGCCGGGGCUGCAAUGGAGCGGGUCGAGAGCUUCAUGUUCUUCGGUGUCCAAAUCACUAAGGACUUAAAAUGGCGUACACACGCACAGUUGUGAAGAAGGCGCAACCUCUUCCCCCUCAGGAGGCUGGAAAGGUUUAGCAUGGGCAAAUCUUCAAAAAGUUAUACAGCUGCACCAUUGAGAGCACCUGACUGGCUGCAUCACCGCUUGGCAACAGCACCGCCCUCGAUCGCAUGGCAUUACAGAGGGUGGUGCGGACAGCCCAGUACAUCACUGGCAUCCAGGACCUCUAUAUCAGGCGGUGUGAAAGGAUGGCCCAGAAAUUUGUUAAAGACUCCACAUUGUACCAUGCAAUGUGCAGGUUUCAAGUUUUAAUGUCACGUGCAGACUCCAGCCACUCAAGCCAUAGACUGUUCUCUCUACAUCCGCACGGCAAGCGGUACCGUUGCAUCAAGUCUGACACCAACAGGCUCCUGAAGAGCUUCUUUCCCUAAGCCGUACGACUGCUAAAUAGCUAACAAAAUGGCCUCAUGGACUAUCUGAGUUGACUCUGUCUCUAUGCACUCUCACAGGACUCUACACACUCACGCACACUGACACUACACACACACACUUCAUUUGCUCACACACACAUAGCAUGCACACACAUUUAUACUGACUACGCACACACACUCACAUACAUUCAUCAUAUACGCUGUUGCUACUCUGUUUAUCAUAUAUCCUGAUGCCUAGUCACCUUACUCCUAUACAUAUAUACCUCUAUCACUCCAGUAUCCCUGCACAUUGUAAAUAUGGUACUGGAACUGACCCUGUAUAUAGCUUACUUACUUCUCAUGUUCUUAUUAUUUAUAUUUCUCAUGUUUUCGCUCUACCUUAUGUUAUUUUUAGUUCUAUAUUGAUGCUGAUGACUGCAUUGUUGGGUUUAGAGAGCUUUGCAAGUAAGGGAUUUCACUGUACUUGUGCAAGUGACAUUAAAACUUGAAACCUGCACAUUGCAUGGUACAAUGUUGAGAGGUGACACUAAAGCUCAAUUGAUGAUGUUUCCCUGUGAGAGAUAAUCUCCAUCACAGGGAGUAUCUCCUCAUUGUAGCCUGGUUCCAGAUCUGUUUGUGCUGUCUCGCCAACUCCUACGGUCACUGUCAUUGUUACAUGACAAUGAUUGUAGCAGUUGGCAAGACCGCACAAACAGAUCUGGAACCAGGGUAUCCUGAUUGCAAUCACACACUGAUGCUUCUGUCUGACUCACACUUGUCCUCUCGUCUCCACAGCCAAAGUGGGGAAGACGUCUCUGAUCAUGUCACUGGUCAGCGAGGAGUUCCCUGACGACGUUCCCCUUCGAGCGGAGGAGAUCACCAUCCCAGCAGAUGUAACGCCAGAGAGAGUCCCCACACACAUAGUGGACUACUCAGGUAGCACCACAGACCAUACAGCCUGAACAUCAAUCAAUACUGAAUGUCAAACACUGAAAACUGUUCAGUGUUACUAGACUGCCCAUACAAACAGACUAUUAUUGUUCAGACCUGCGAUUCAGUCAAUGCAUGUUAUGGCUGGAAACUGUUCUAUGAAUUCAGAUAUUUGAAUGGAUUUACUGACCGUACUUAAGACAUUGGAGUAGGAGACGUGUCAGAUUGGCAAGGCAAUAUCAUACUGUCUUUUGAUGUUGUUGCUCUGUUGUCUUGUGUGUGUAGAAGCAGAACAGUCAGACGAGCAGUUGUAUCAAGAAAUAUCGAAGGUUGGUUGGAUACCAUUUGAGUCUUGUAUUAUCCCCAUAAAGUAAAAAUGUAUCCCUACCAAAGUAGAAUAACAUUUUCUCUUUUUUACAGGCAAAUGUUAUUUGCAUAGUUUACUCAGUCAACAACAAGAAGUCCAUUGAGAAGGUCAGUUUAUACACCAAGCAUUCCCUCUGACAAAGAAUAACUGACAUUCAGAUGUCCUGAUUUAGUAACAGCCACUGCCCGCCCAUUGUUAACUCUGUUCACCAUGUCGGCCGCAUUGAAUUAAAGAGAGUGCAGGGCAGGCCUGUGUUCUGAGUCUUGGCCUUGCAGCUGUAGCAGGGUUUGAUGUGUUUUCUCUCUCCUAGGUGACAAGCCAUUGGAUUCCCCUCAUAAAUGACAGGACGGACAAGGAUAGCAGGUGUGUGUGUGCAGUGUGCACGUGGUGUCUGCAUGGGUGUGUCUCUCCUCGUGGGGUCAGGGACAGUGGGGGUACUGUAUACAGUCUGCUACUAAAUCCCCAGUGGCUUUGGAAAAGACUGCCCCAACAGUAAAAGUGGUGGUGUAGUUGUUGACAGCUUUGCCAUAUUUCACUUAGUAGAUUGAAACAGGUGUCUAGUCAUCUCAGUAACAUGCCAUUCAUUAUAAGGCCAGACUGCUAUAUGGACCAGUUAUGUCAUAGACAAUGACAAGGGAAAGUACACUACUGCGUACCUGUUUGUGUAACCUACUCUAUCUCUGGGUGAUAAUGGAGGAAAGGUGACUGAAUGACUAAUGGGUAUAUAAUGUAAGACAGUGCGAUACGAUGGAUCGGUUUUCCAUAGGGGAAGCAGGUGGUCAUGGACAAUGUUGUUGUCACCUCUUAGCUGUACAUUUAAUUGCAGCCCCCUCUGUCUCCUGUCAUUGAUUUAAUGUACCAUUAUACAGUAUGUUGAGUCAGUUUGUAUAGCGGCAGACAGCCAGACAACAUUGGUUUUAGGGUUGUCACGAUACCAGUAUCACGAUACUCUGAGGUAUCGUGGCAAGGAAACAAAACAUGAAGCAGACUACAUUUCCUGAGGAAAACAGUCCUAAUGUUGGUAACCUUAUGUUUCUUUUCCAUAUAGAACACAAUAUUUUACAUACGGUAGGUUUUAAAGGACCAUAGAGUUUAUUCUGCUUUGUGUUUUCCGGCAGACAGCCAGACAUUGCCUAACAUUGCCUUGGAUUGAGCCUGGAUUUAUUUAAUAGGAUCCGGUGUCAAGGCUAAGUCUGCCUGGAUUACUGUUAGAGUUUAGUAUGACAUAGCUUGAAGGUUUGAUCAAUUAGGUGACACUGACCAUCUAUUUGGUGGAGCAGAGGCUGGAACCCCUGAGGACAAAAUAUUCCAUUGUGAGAUAUUCUCAUGAUUGUUCUCUCAGAGUCCUAACUGUGCCUCUUCCUCCUCCAUUGGUAAUGCCAAUUAAAUUCCCCCGUCCUUUGGAAUGAAUGGCAUAUAUUAUACAGUGGGGAAAAAAAGUAUUUAGUCAGCCACCAAUUGUGCAAGUUCUCCCACUUAAAAAGAUGAGAGAGGCCUGUAAUUUUCAUCAUAGGUACACGUCAACUAUGACAGACAAAAUGAGAUUUUUUUUUCUCCAGAAAAUCACAUUGUAGGAUUUUUUAUGAAUUUAUUUGCAAAUUAUGGUGGAAAAUAAGUAUUUGGUCACCUACAAACAAGCAAGAAUUCUGGCUCUCACAGACCUUUAACUUCUUCUUUAAGAGGCUCCUCUGUCCUCCACUCGUUACCUGUAUUAAUGGCACCUGUUUGAACUUGUUAUCAGUAUAAAAGACACCAGUCCACAACCUCAAACAGUCACACUCCAAACUCCACUAUGGCCAAGACCAAAGAGCUGUCAAAGGACACCAGAAACAAAAUUGUAGACCUGCACCAGGCUGGGAAGACUGAAUCUGCAAUAGGUAAGCAGCUUGGUUUGAAGAAAUCAACUGUGGGAGCAAUUAUUAGGAAAUGGAAGACAUACAAGACCACUGAUAAUCUCCCUCGAUCUGGGGCUCCACGCAAGAUCUCACCCCGUGGGGUCAAAAUGAUCACAAGAACGGUGAGCAAAAAUCCCAGAACCACAUGGGGGGACCUAGUGAAUGACCUGCAGAGAGCUGGGACCAAAGUAACAAAGCCUACCAUCAGUAACACACUACGCCGCCAGGUACUCAAAUCCUGCAGUGCCAGACGUGUCCCCCUGCUUAAGCCAGUACAUGUCCAGGCCCGUCUGAAGUUUGCUAGAGUGCAUUUGGAUGAUCCAGAAGAGGAUUGGGAGAAUGUCAUAUGGUCAGAUGAAACCAAAAUAGAACUUUUUGGUAAAAACUCAACUCGUCGUGUUUGGAGGACAAAGAAUGCUGAGUGGCAUCCAAAGAACACCAUACCUACUGUGAAGCAUGGGGGUGGAAACAUCAUGCUUUGGGGCUGUUUUUCUGCAAAGGGACCAGGACGACUGAUCCGUGUAAAGGAAAGAAUGAAUGGGGCCAUGUAUCGUGAGAUUUUGAGUGAAAACCUCCUUCCAUCAGCAAGGGCAUUGAAGAUGAAACGUGGCUGGGUCUUUCAGCAUGACAAUGAUCCCAAACACACCGCCCGGGCAACGAAGGAGUGGCUUCGUAAGAAGCAUUUCAAGGUCCUGGAGUGGCCUAGCCAGUCUCCAGAUCUCAACCCCAUAGAAAAUCUUUGGAGGGAGUUGAAAGUCCGUGUUGCCCAGCGACAGCCCCAAAACAUCAUUGCUCUAGAGGAGAUCUGCAUGGAGGAAUGGGCCAUAAUAUCAGCAACAGUGUGUGAAAACCUUGUGAAGACUUACAGAAAACGUUUGACCUGUGUCAUUGCCAACAAAGGGUAUAUAACAAAGUAUUGAGAAACUUUUGUUAUUGACCAAAUACUUAUUUUCCACCAUAAUUUGCAAAUAAAUUCAUUAAAAAUCCUACAAUGUGAUUUUGUGGAUAUUUUUUUCUCAAUUUGUCUGUCAUAGUUGACGUGUACCUAUUAUGAAAAUUACAGGCCUUUCUCAUCUUUUUAUGUGGGAGAACUUGCACAAUUGGUGGCUAACUAAAUACUUUUUUCCCCCACUGUAUAAGAUCAUAUAUGAUGUUGUUGCAGGGUACCACUGAUCCUGGUGGGGAAUAAGUCAGAUCUGGUAGAACACAGCAGCAUGGAGACCAUCCUGCCCAUCAUGAACCAGUACUCUGACAUCGAGACCUGCGUGGAGGUAAGAGAACACUGACUGGUGACUCUGUUUAACGCCGCCAUUUUGGGGCUAAACUGACAAGUGCCUAGCAAAAGUACAUUGAGAAUGACCAUAUAGCUAGGCUAAUGAAAGUUGUUGUGUUACACUUGAGUUGAGGCUCAAUCAAAAUGGUAUAAAACCUCUAGAAAUGUAUUUAAAGGGUCUCUGAUCACCUGAUGAAUGGAAUUCAAGCCUACAGAACUUUGAUCACCAAUGGUUUCAUAUUCUAUCCCGGUUCUGAAAUCCAAACAGCUGAAAACGCCAUAAAAAAUAAAAUUGAUGCGUUGACGUUGUGAUGUUGGUUGUCUGCUGGCCCUGGGCUGGGAGACUCCUAAUGUUUCAGCUAACUCCUGACUCCAGUUAGAAUGAAUCUGAUGGCUGGUAAAUGAGCCUUUUUUUCUGCUGCAGAGACCCGGGCAUUAUUCAUUAUGGCACACAACAUAAAACAUUUUGCAACGUAAAAUACAAAUGUGUUUCUUAUUGGCCAAGUCCACAUAGUAAAUGAGCCUUUUUCAGUCAGUUUUGUUUUAUUUGGUGCCUAAUGAACAUGAACCCUCUGUGUCUUUCUACUGACUGACUGAGUGAGUGUGUGCACUGUGUGCUGACUGUGUGCUGAGACGCACUUCUAUCAUGGAGGAAAGUCGUUGGCUACAUUACUCUUCCAUUGGUCUCAUGUGACAGCCCAGUCAUACCAUGUCCUCUCUGGCUAGAUUAGUUACAGGAUAAAAGGAGUAGAGGUGGAGGGGACGAUGUGUUGGAACACACGUACAGAGAUAUCAUUGGAGAUGUGUUUGAAGGCAAACACACAGAAAGUCAGACGUGUUAAAGUGACAACCUGGUCGGGAUCCGUUAUGCAGUUGUACUGCACAAGGUUAAUGGUUACUUGUACGUGGUGCAACACUGUUCAGUCUAUACAUAGUUAACAUCUAUAUACUCUCUUUCCCCCUGUGUGGAAUUAGCCACUUGUCAUGGCAACGCCACCGGUGUUUAUAGCCUGGCUGUUUCUGGACCCUAGUUUCAUAUUGAGAGAUGACAUUCUGCUUUCCAUGACCUCAUUUAGACCACUAAGAGGUUGGUUUUGCUGGCUUGAGUGUUUUUUCACUGAAGCACCAUACAUCUGCAAUGCACCUAAAUGCAACAACUCAAGCUUAUUGAGAACCAAUUGAUGUGUAUAAUGAAGUAGUUCGAGAAGAGUGGGAUAGGUGAUUAAUAAGUCAGCUUUAUUUGUCGUAUACACAUGGUUUACACAGUACAACAGUGGCGGCUGAUGUCCUACUGUACCCAUAAUGCUCUGUAACACAAUUGGUUUUAGCUUUGUAAAGAUGUUACUAAAGUGAACAUAAUGGUGUCCUGUCUCCUUACCAAUACAUGGUUGUUAGACCACGGCAGGUGUCUGUUUCUCAGUGGAUUGUUCCAGCUGGUUUUGAGGUUACUGUAUGUUUGUGUUUCUCAGUGCUCUGCCAAAAACCUGAAGAACAUCUCAGAGCUGUUCUACUAUGCCCAGAAGGCAGUGCUCCACCCUACAGGACCCCUGUACUGCCCAGAGGAGAAGGAGGUGAGGAGGGCAGAGGGUAGCUAGGGGCCUAGAGUUGUCCCUAAAUAUGUAGCCUGAUCAGGAAAAACUUUGAGCCAAAAGCUAGGAUCCAGAGUUUUUCUUGGUCAGGUUACGCAUUCAGGAAAGUUUCCUGGCCCUACCAUGGGUACACAGGCAACAUCUACUUUUUAUCUCUCCAAAAAUCUUAUAUUGCACAUAUUUCAAAUGUGUACUUUGUGUUUUUUCAGAUGAAGCUGUCUUGCAUCAAGGCUCUAACUCGCAUCUUCAAAGUGUCGGACCUGGACAACGAUGGCAUCCUCAACGACAAAGAACUCAACUUCUUCCAGGUAGGAGUUUCACUGUGGGAAAAGAGAACCUUGUGGGAAAACCUUUCUUGGCUCUAGCUGCAGACUUGUGUGCUUGAGCUGGCCGACGUGAAAGAACCUGAUUUACUUCAUGUUUUCCAAUGGCAGUUUAUUUUAACUGGAGUGGAAGAGAGAGGGAGGGAUAGGUUAUUAGUGUGUUCACCGGUAGCCUGCAGACAGGGCAGGUUUCAAGAUGUAAUGGUCGUUGAUUUAGAAACCUUUUUUUCCUCUAGUAAAUGGUGCAAAGCUGUAUACAUAUCUCCUUGUGACUUCAUAUAGCACGAACCACAAUACAUUAGUAGCUGAGUCAGAUAUGUUGGAAUAGACUGGUUCUUGCCUGUUUUGGUCUCACCAGCCAUAUGUUUAGGUGAUGUGUGUUGAGUGAUUUAUUGUUGAGUGCAGGUCCAAUUAAAGCACUUGGAAGCAGCAUUGUGCCGUGUGCAGGCUUUCAUUUUUCACUCUUGUUCUGUGUUGAUAUAGUAGUUCUGUGUGGGUAUAGUCGUUCUGUGUGGGUAUAGUCGUUCUGUGUGGGUGUAGUCGUUCUGUGUGGGUAUAGUCGUUCUGUGUGGGUAUAGUCGUUCUGUGUGGGUAUAGUCGUUCUGUGUGGGUAUAGUAGUUCUGUGUGGGUAUAGUAGUUCUGUGUGAGUAUAGUAGUUCUGUGUGAGUAUAGUAGUUCUGUGUGGGUAUAGUCGUUCUGUGUGGGUAUAGUCGUUCUGUGUGGGUAUAGUCGUUCUGUGUGGGUAUAGUCGUUCUGUGUGGGUAUAGUCGUUCUGUGUGGAUAUAGUAGUUCUGUGUGGGUAUAGUAGUUCUGUGUGGGUAUAGUAGUUCUGUGUGGGUAUAGUAGUUCUGUGUGGGUAUAGUAGUUCUGUGUGGGUAUAGUCGUUCUGUGUGGGUAUAGUCGUUCUGUGUGGGUAUAGUCGUUCUGUUUGGGUAUAGUCGUUCUGUGUGGAUAUAGUAGUUCUGUGUGGGUGACACAUGGUGUGUUCUGUGUGUGUGUGGUAGAGGACGUGUUUCAACAUGCCCCUGGCGCCCCAGGCCUUAGAGGAUGUCAAGAACGUGGUGAGGAAGAACAUGACGGACGGAGUCGAGGACAACGGACUCACGCUCAAAGGUCUGUAUGCUUUCCCUUCAUUCCCUCUCUCACUCAGUCACUCACUUGUUCUCUCUCUUUUCUCUCUCUAUUCUCUCUCAUUCAAUCUCUCUCUCUCUAUUCUCUCUGCAUCUCUCUCAUUCAAUCUCUCUCUCUAUUCUCUCUGCAUCUCUUCAUUCAAUCUCUCUCUCUAUUCUCUCUGCAUCUCUCUCAUUCAAUCUCUCUCUUUUCUCUCUCUAUUCUCUCUCAUUCAAUCUCUCUCUCUUUUCUCUCUGCAUCUCUCUCAUUCAAUCUCUCUCUCUCUUCUCUCUGCAUCUCUCUCAUUCAAUCUCUCUCUCUAUUCUCUCUGCAUCUCUCUCAUUCAAUCUCUCUCUCUAUUCUCUCUGCAUCUCUCUCAUUCAAUAUCUCUCUCUCUUCUCUCUGCAUCUCUCUCAUUCAAUCUCUCUCUUGUUCUCUCUUCUGUAACCUUCACUGAAGGUCAUGCAUGAAUAACAUCUUUAAUAACCCUUUACCAGUGUACUGUGUCAAUCUCAAACGUUGUGUCUGGGUGUAUCUCUGACUUGUGUCCAUUCUUCAUCCUGAUUGGCCGCUAGGCUUCUUGUUCCUGCACACACUUUUCAUCCAGAGGGGGCGUCACGAGACCACCUGGACGGUGCUGCGGAGAUUCGGUUACGACGACGACUUGGAGCUUCACCAGGAAUACCUGUUCCCCCUGUGAGUGGACCAGGGUCAUGCUCAUUAGGGAACAUCGUAGUAAAACGCUUUGCACCGGAAAACAAAAACAACCUGUUCUUAUUGGACAAGUGUAGAUAGUAAUAACUUUGAGCGCUUUCUUCCAUUUCGUGCCUAAAGAACAUGACCCUGCCGUACGUAUGGGCAACUCUUACCUCUGGGCAGAAAGAGGGAAAUAUACACCUGUUUUAUUUAAGGGUGGACAAGCAUAACAAUGACUCUCUGGCCCCAAUUCAGUUUCAGUCAAUAGCAAAUAAAGGACACCUGCUCUGCAGGCUCUCACUAUCUUUACACUGUAUCAAAGAUGUUAACCAUGAUAAAACCUACUGAACGCUCAAGUUGUCUGUGGGUGCAUCUUACGCGACUUGUUAUGACUUGCAAGUAGCACUAGUUCUUUCCCAGGGUGAGCCUUUUGAACAAUGCCAGUUUAGCCAUAUCACUUUUAAUGAGAUGAAUCCGGAAUGUUCUGUUGUCCGUGCCAGGCUAAAAAUACCGGCUGACUGCACCACCGAGCUCAACCACAACGCGUACCUCUUCCUCCAGAGUGUCUUCGACAAGCACGACAAAGUAAGUCUAGGAUGACAUGAUUCCUCCUACUGUUGUCUUACCUUCUGCCUCACACAGACAAACAUUCACAGGUUUUCCCGAAAUCCCAGGUGCUAGUUUCCUGGAAUCAGGAGGGAAUAAGCAGGGAGGGAAUCCUCCAGCCGGCUUUUGGGAAAGUUACCGGAAUAUUGCAACCCUACACAAAGCUAUCAUAUUAUUAGAACAGGGGUCCUAACCCUAGUGUGUGUUUCAGGACAGAGACUGUGCCUUGUCUCCAGAUGAGGUAAAGGACCUGUUCAAAGUGUUUCCCUACAUGCCCUGGGGUCCCGACGUCAACAACACAGUGUGUACCAACGACCAGGGCUGGAUCACCUACCAGGGAUACCUGUCACAGUGGACGUGAGUUCGGCCAGCAUACCUGUACCACCUGUUACCUCUAUCUGUCUAACUUUAAUGAUUUGGUACUGCAGUUAUACAGCGCUUUGCUGAAACUCAAACUUCUUCACUUUUAAAAGCUACCGUAAAUUUGUACCAAAGCCCCCCACAGACAGACACACACUAAUAGGCUUUCAAUUGUCUGAUUGGCCAGGUUAACGACGUACCUGGAUGUGCAGCGCUGCUUGGAGUACCUGGGCUACCUUGGCUACUCAAUCAUCUGUGAGCAGGAGUCCCAGGCAGCAGCCAUCACAGGUAAUGUGCGUGACUAGGUUUAUGUGCUUGUGUCGUGUGUUGGUGUGAAUUAUUGUGGCCUCUCUGUUUGCACAUUUGAAACCUAAUUAGUGUUGAGUUACUAUAAAUCUACAGUCAGUAGAGUUACGUGUGUGUUUGCACGCUCAUGCAUCUCUAUAUCUCGUAUCCUUUAUUCCUGACCUGUCUCUCCUCCCUCAGUGACCCGAAACAAGCGCAUCGACCUGCAGAAGAAGCAGACGCAGCGCAGCGUGUUCCGCUGCAACAUUCUGGGAGCCAGGGGGAGUGGCAAGACCAGCUUCCUGCAGGCCUUCCUGGGUCGCAACCUGCUGGUGAGUCCCUGGAACUACCGGACACCUGGGGUGUAUUCAUUAUGGCACACCGCAGCAAAAUGUAUUGCAAUGCAAAAUGUUUUUGUUUUUGUUUCUUAUUGAACAAAUUCAGGUAGUCCCUCCCUGUUUAAUUGUUUUUUUUCCCUAUUUGGUGCCUAAUGAACAUGACCCUGGCUCUUCCAUUGAACGCUCACUGCUACCUGCUAAGCACACAUUUCUGUUUUCAUAGCUACUCUUAAGUAGCCUGGGUGACACUGGCAGUCUGUUACUGUGUUUUUUACCCAACUCCUUUAAGACAUGGUAAACUAACUAACUAUUAUUAUUAUUAUUGUUAUUCAAACUUAACUAUUUAGCAGUAAGGAAUAAAACGUACUGUUGUAUCAAUUUGGAGUCGUGAAUGUGUCUUUUUCUGCGUUACUCAACAGAAACAGAGGAAGAUCAGAGAAGACCAUAAAUCAUUCUACUCCAUCAACACCACGUAUGUCUACGGCCAGGAGAAGUACUUACUGGUGAGGCUGUGCAUCUCUCUCCCAGUAUCAUGCUUUCUGCCCGGUAACCAGAUUAAAACCCUAGGAGAUGGAUUAUAAUCCAGUUGUAUAAUCCAUAAUACUGUGUUUUAUGUGUGACCAGCUGUCUAGCAGUAAAUCCUUAGUGUUUUCCCCUCAUAUGUUCUGGAAAAUAAUAUGUUCAGUGCUACACAGUGAAUGUUAAUCACCUAUAGGGUUACAUACUAUAGAACAAGACUGGUCUUGAGAAAGGCCUUUCUGCUGAAACGUUGUGACAUUAAACUGUCUCAACUAUUUCCUCUUCUCAUCUUCCAUCUUCACCCCUCUCCCCUCUUCUCUUCUCCCCCCUCACACCUCAACUUCUCUUCUCCCCUCUUCACACCUCCCCUUCUCUUCUCCCCACCUCACACCUCCCUUCUCUUCUCCCCCUCUUCACACCUACCUUCUCUCCCUCUUCACACCUCCCUUCUCUUCUCCCCCUCUUCACACCUCCCUUCUCUUCUCCCCCGCUUCACACCUCCCUUCUCUUCUCCCCCGCUUCACACCUCCCUUCUCUUCUCCCCCGCUUCACACCUCCCUUCUCUUCUCCCCUCUUCACACCUCCCUUCCCUUCUCCCUCUUCACACCUCCCUUCUCUUCUCCCCCUCUUCACAACUUCCUUCUCUUCUCCCCGCUUCACACCUUCCUUCUCUUCUCCCCCGCUUCACACCUCCCUUCUCUUCUCCCCCGCUUCACACCUCCCUUCUCUUCUCCCCUCUUCACACCUCCCUUCCCUUCUCCCCUCUUCACACCUCCCUUCUCUUCUCCCCCUCUUCACACCUUCCUUCUCUUCUCCCCGCUUCACACCUCCCUUCUCUUCUCCCCGCUUCACACCUUCCUUCUCUUCUCCCCCGCUUCACACCUCCCUUCUCUUCUCCCCUUUUCACACCGCCUUUCUCUUCUCACCCGCUUCACACCUCCCUUCUCUUCUCCCCUCUUCACACCUCCCUUCCCUUCUCCCCUCUUCACACCUCCCUUCCCUUCACACCUGCCUUCUCUUCUCCCCGCUUCACACCUCCCUUCUCUUCUCUCCGCUUCACACCUCCCUUCUCUUCUCCCCCGCUUCACACCUCCCUUCUCUUCUCCCCACUUCUCUCCUCUUUUCUCUCCCUGUAGCUUCAUGAGGUGAUGCCAGACUUUGACUUCCUCUCAGAGGAAGACCUGGCGUGUGACGUGGUCUGCCUGGUGUAUGACGUCAACAACCCACGCUCCUUUGAGUACUGCGCCAAGGUCUACAAGGUGUGUACACUACCUAAUGUAUCAAAUCCAUCAGUCCUUAGUUUAGUCCUGGGCCGGUAUUCACAACAUGUUUCUACAGUAGGAGGGCUGAUCUUGGAUCAGGUCCCCCUUGUCCAUAUAAUCCUAUUCAUUAGGAUCUAAAAGGCAAAACUGAUGCUAGAUCAGCACUCUCUUGAGACGCUUUGUGAAUAUGGGCCCUGAUCCUUCAUUCACUACACUGGAAUAAAGAGGGACUUCUCCGCUUUCAGCUUUUCACCUUCUGCAACUGUUUACCAAAAUGUUUUAAUAUCAACCAUCCUUAUCUAGUCUUGUUCUCAUAACUAACCUCUGAACUUUAACCUUUUGACCUAUGACAGCAAUACUUCAUGGACAGCAAGACGCCGUGCAUGAUGAUCGCCUCCAAGUCGGACCUGCACGAGGCGCGCCAGCACCACAGCCUGACCCCGCUGGACUUCUGCCGCAAGCACAAGCUGCACCCGCCCCAACCCUGGACCUGCAACACGGUGGACGCCCCCAACAAAGACCUCUACACCAAACUCACCACCAUGGCCAUGUACCCGUGAGUAUAGCCCCUCAGAGACCACCUCUGACUUCACCCAUCGCCCCAUCGUCUUUUCCUCCAUCCAGCCCUAUGUGACCUCAUGUUACGUCCUGUAUGAUGUCUCCAGACACCCCUGAGAGAGUGAGAUAUUUUAGGUGCCGUUGUAUUUCAGGUCCUUACUCUUGGCCACUGUCAAUGUGUUGUGGUACGGUAAGUUUAAUUGUAAGAUAAUGACUAGGCCAUUUGAAGUCCCAAAACGAAGGUAAUCCACUGCAAAUCCUUUGGCCUUGAAGGAAGUCUACCCAGUCAGCUGAACUGUAAGGGUGUUAUUGACUUGUUGACAGUCUUAUGAGAGGCAGAGUUAGUCUGCUACUUAAUUAGGAGAUUAGCAAUUGGAUUAGAUUAAUGUCUAUUUAAUUGAGCCUUAAAUCUCAGCUUUACGGGGAAGAACUCCAGUUGUCUAAUGUUAAAACCAUUGGCUUUCCCAAGGCAUAGAGGCCUAUAGCUAAGAAUCCAGGCCCUAGCUCUGACUGGACUCUGGGAGGAAACCAUUUUACAGAAAUAAUCAGCAGAUUCUGCUCUAUACACUACAGUACUUCAUCUGUUUCAGACAACUCUCUUGAUAGUGAACAGUUCUUUAUGUAGUUAGGGCACUACUAGUAUUCUGCAUUCAUUGGGUAUUUGGAAUAUACUAUUUCAGUACAGUGCAAAAUGGGUUGUGACUCAGUCUCCGGCUGCAGAUAUACUGUAGGUCAGAGUGACUCAUGCUGUAUAACUCAGGCCAACAGGGAAUAUUAUAAUGGUUUAGUUCCAUGUAUUUGUAAUGGUCAAUCUGGAGAUUCUGAGACGGGUUAGCAGUUUGUUUUUAUUGAAUUACCCUCAUCUUUCUCUUCUCUUUGCCACUCUGUCCUUCAUUCUCUGUGGCUUUUCCCCUCUUCUCCCUAAGGAUGAUAGAGGCCAACAUUAGCCACACUUAAAAAUGCCAUGUACCGCAAAUAAUGUUUCCUCAAGACACCUAACUUUCAUAAUGUACUUAGUACUUACCACUUUCUCUGUAUUAAUAUACUUAGUAAAGUAAUGAAUCUUCUUUGCCUUUUGUUAGUGAUGGAGUUAUUGUUCAUAACUCAGUCACCCAAAGCUCAAGCCCCCCAUGUGGUGCUAGAACAGGGUCUGUCUUUCAGGGUUCCGCCAUCCCAUGGUGAUGUUUCCAUGGAAACGUGUACGAAUGUGGAUCUGACUUCGUCUUUGUGUGUGUUUAUGUGUGCGUGCCUGUGUGUGUUGUGAUUGUGUCUCCUCAGCCACGCCAAGCUCCGCUGCAUGUGUACCUGCAACAGGUGCACCUUCUGCAUCUGUCAGAACAUCCUCCGGUCCCAGCUAUUGAGAACUAUAAAGGCCAAAUUCUACAGUGUUGUUCUGAACAGGUCCAUACUGCAUAUACUGCCUGUCCCCUCUCUUUCUCUCUCCCCCUCUGACGCCCCUGAGGUGGGAGGUGGGACCCUAGCUUUCUAACCUGGGUGAAGGUUUUUCUCCUCUUCUCCCUCAAUGCUUCCUCAUAGUCAGGUUUACACUGCAUAUCCACAACGGAAAACUGGACAUUUUUAGACAUUCUGAGUUCUUAUUUCGAUCUCUAGGCCUGAUUGUGCGUCUCCAUUGCAUUUCAUAUGACUGGAUGGGUGGGUUUAUAAGACUGUAUUCCAAAUACUCAUACCGGGGAGUUUUGUUUUUGAAGAAGUCUGUGAGAAGGUCAGUUCUGGUGACUUUUUAAAAGGACGUUCUACUCCAAAAUGAAUGAAAAUCAAAUGAUACCGACACCAUCCAUCUAUAAUCCCCCCCAGAAAUGACAAAAUGUGUAGAAUUGCAGGAAAUAAGCUUUAAACUUGCAAAAUUCUCUCCACCAACAAGAGGGGUGUGAACAGUUCGUGUCAUGAACAGUGCUAGUGCCCAUAGAAAUAGACAUGGUGCUGAGUGAAAAAGUUUGGGAACUCCUGGGCUAAGGUAACAUGAUACUAUAGGUCUGCUGUAAGGUGGCCUAGUUGUAAUGUGAUUGUGAUGGUGUCUUCCUCGUCUCUGCUCCAGCCUCACGCAGCACUCCCACACCGCUCUCACCUCCGUGACGCAGCGCCUUACCCAAUUAUCUGCCACACUGCACCAUCAUCUAACACCUGUGGUGCUAGCCAGGGAGGUAACCGUGUGGUGUGGUCGUGUUGCGUUCCAUUUGAGCCAGUCUGAAGUGAAGAUGCAUGUGUGCGGUCUGUUAACGUGUCUAGUUGGAGAUGGGUUGUGGGUAGAUGACCCUGCUGUAGCAACAGGGUGCGGUCUAUCAUGAAGUAACUAAUGCAUGGAUCUUUAAGAUUUAAAAAAAAGUACGUUGCUUGGCAAGUCAUUAAUCUUUCGAGAGUUAAGCAUACAAGUGGAUGUUGAAGCCAACAUGGCCCUUUCGUUUAAGAAUGGUGUUUCUAUCAUGUGAAGUGGAUAUGCAAACUGUAAAUCUGUACUAAAGACUAAUGUGCAUAGUGCGUGAGGGAGGAACGCCACCUUGCAGAUCUCUCUGUUUUGGUUACAUUUGGCCCCACUGAAGCUGUUGGUGAAACUGAAAGCCUCCUAGAAGGCAGCUUGGGUAGGAUGGCUGGUUGUUCUCCUCUGUACCAAAGUAGAUGUUGAUAUUUGGUUCAAAUUGCAUGUUAUAAAUGUCAAUAUUUUUGAGUACUCUUUGACAUUGAACUGUUUCGACCGCCAAAGAUGUGCAUGAUUUGAUUUCUAUGAUGUUUUCAGUUUGGAGGUUUGAUUGUAUGUGAAGUGAUUCUCACACCUUAAGUUUACACCCACAAGAUAAAGUUAGCCUAUAUAUAAGGUCCUAUGUUAGGUCCUAAGUUUACAUAUACAUUUGAGUCAUUUAGCAGACUCUCUUAUCCAGAGCGACUUACAGUUAGUGAGUGCACAAGUUAACUCUCAAACUUGGCUCAUACUGCAGCCCUAGUGUUAUCACAACACAACCUAAUUCAUGUACACAUUUACAAUCCUGGUUCUCUUGUGGUUGAAACUUUUUUUUACUAACAAACAUUUUAAUUUGUAUGACAAAUGAUUUUCUUCCAUUCAUUACAAAGUGAUUUUGCACUGUAUCGAUCACAUUUAAUUGAAUUGUGUUUCCGUUGUCGUGUUUUGUUCUUGUUUUCAUCCUAUAGAUGUUCGUACGCAUGUUUUUGGCUGCCCCUCUUUCUGUUCCUGUUGCAUGUGUUUACCUCUUGUUAGUUGCAUGCACUGUCUGUGUAGACCUGUCUGUCUGUGUAGACGCUGUCUGUCUGUGUAGACGCUGUCUGUCUGUGUAGACGCUGUCUGUCUGUCUAACCUUCCAAUAGGCUUGCCUUAGUCUUCAGCUUGACACCGCCCCCUAUGGAAGGCUAUGCAUAGGCGCCACUCAAAUCAGCAGUCUGUUUUGAGCGUUGGGAAGUAUGGGAACUAGGCUAGUGCUUGGGGUUUGAGUGUGUGUGGUUUAUGAUGUGCAGGGUUUGGAUGGCUCGUGGGGGCUCACCAUUGCAGGGUUGACAUUUCAUUGUGCUUGUAUAUGCUUAUAAAGUAGUGUGUGUUUUGUGGCAGUGUAAGUUACUGUAUGUAUUGGUAUGGUUUGGGAGGUUUACAAUGGUUCCUAGUGAGUUUACAAUGGCUUCUGGGGGCCCAGGCAUGCCUUUUAUAACACUGUUGUGUUACAUGCUAACUCCUUUGUCAAUGCCUGUUUAACCUUGGGAGAAGAGAAUUAACGCACCAGAAAUGGCAUGCCACUAAAACAGAAGUUAUUGAAGGCGGUUAUGCCACACCACAUUGACUAGCUGAGAUACUAUAGUAUUUAACACCUAAUUGGUUUGAAUCUUCGCUGUUUUCGGUUUACCCCAUAUAUAAAAAAUAUCUAAUCUAAUGACUCAAAGUAGCCUAUUUCAACAAAUUCGGAGAGCAAGCUGAAUAUACAGUAUUUUCUAACCAUGUAUCCCUAUGAGUCUCAAGAUUGAAGCCUGUAAUUUAUUCGGCUGGCAUAUUUUUCCCACUCAGCUAUCGCAUUGGACAAGGUUUUUGGCCACAGUGUGGUGUGUUUGACCGAGAGGUUGCAAGGUGUGGUGUGGGGUGUGUUCUGCGGUGGUGUCAUGGCCCGGUGUGUGUGGGGUUGGCGUUGAACGGCCCUACUGUGUGCGUGCGUGUGUGUGUGUACAAGGUUACAUGAUGUGGGAGCCUAUCUGUUGGAUGACGAGGAGUGCAGUCUGAUCCAGCAGGUUCACGCCAUCAGUAAUGUAGAGGAGUCUAUCUACAUGGAGUCUUCUGUCCAGCCCAAUGGGCCUCAGGCCAGGUAAAACACAGCAUGAGACAGGCUGACAGACUGGGGGCUAAGGGACAGCUGUUUGUUACUGGCUGGGUAGAUACAGGUAUGGUGGACGUUGAUGUGGCAACGGCAAGCACUGUUGGGGGAGGAGAUUGCUGUAGCCACCAGUAUUAUAUGAAGACAAGAUUAUAAUGAAGGGUACAGCCAUAUCAGGGCUACACAUCUACCUACUUUAGCCUCAUAAACAACAGCCUUUGAUCUGUUUGGUUUGAAGUUACACAGUGGGGCCCCGUGUAGCUCAGUUGGUAGAGCAUGGUGCUUGCAACGCCAGGGUUGUGGGUUCGUUUCCCACGGGGGGCCAGUAUGAAAAUGUAUGCACUCACUAACUGUAAGUCGCUCUGGAUAAGAGCGUCUGCUAAAUGACUAAAAUGUAAUGUAAUGUUUUCACCCAGUGUCCCUGUUGUAACUCACUGACUACCUUUUUUAAUGGGUAUCUAUCAUUAGUUUUGAAGGUACCGGUCAAUGUUCUUAGUCAUACUAGUAGCUGGUUGGUCAGGUUUGGGUAUGGCUGCUUGCUGAAGAAGCUUUGUUGGGCAGUAUGCCGUGGGAGGAAGGUAUUGAUCUUCCUCUGAGGUACAUGUCUAGGUUAAGCAGGAUGGCAGUUGUCUAUAUCUAAAGGACUCUCUUCCUACUAAACCUGCUUGAAUGGGUUUCUGCUGCUGUGGGAGUCUGUCAGGUGUCACUGUGAAGAUUAAUGGGUUGUUGAGUACUGUGUGUGUGUGAGCACAAGCGAUUGUGUUUGGCAAUUUAUAAGUUGUUAAAGCUUUCUGCUUACCUCUGCACUUCUAGGGUGCCUCCCUCCCUCUCCUUCAACCAAGCUAUCACAGACAAGCUCAUUUUCAGAAGACAGUAUUUCAUGUUUAACCAGGCAAUCACAGACUAGCUCAUUUUCAGUAGACAGUAUAUCAUGUAAAGAGGUUGUAUCUGUACUACUACUGAGGUACUAUCUAACAGUUUAACUGUUCCUCUGUUUAUGUAGAGAUUUGUUUAGGAAGCUCAGAUAACAUGACUUGUUUGUCAUUUGUCAACGUAUUCCCAUGUGAUCUGGAAACGAGGCUGUAUUGUCUCUCUUUCUAACUCUUUCUGUCUCUCUCUCCUUCUCCAACUCUCUCUCUCUCUCUCAGGCACAUGGCUCAGGCAGACCUGAAGAGCUCUACGUUUUGGCUAAGGGCAAGCGUGGGGGCCACCGUGUUUGCAGUCUUGGGCUUCGCCAUGUACAGAGCUAUCCUCAAACAGCGAUGAUCAAGACAGACACAGGAUGCAUGAUAUGACCCCUGACCCCCCACAGGUCUCUGCCCUUUGACCCCUCAGCCCCUCCUUGAAAGAAAACACGACCUCCAACAUCCCACAAUCUUCUGCCCCCCUUCCCCGACAACUGAAUGAAACGGAACUUCCAGCCCAUCUGAACCAGCCCUGA